GAAUCCGAAGAUGUCCGCCGCAAGGAGUUCACCAAGUACACCAAGAACCUCGAAAUCGUCAAGGCUUACAAGCACAGCAUCGUCUUCAAGGUCGAGACUGUUGGAGAUAUCCGCAAGAAGAUGGAAACCCAAGUCCGCGCUAUCUGCGACGAUAAGGUCCGUUAUUGCCGUCUUCACGUUGAAGCUCGCCGCUCCCCCUUCGGAGAGGAAUCUCGUGAAUGGGAACUCAAGGCUUUGAUCCAAACCCUCUACCCAGAGAUGCCAAAGACCUUCGAACAAAUGUACGAGCAAGUUCACCGUGAAUUCAACGGACUCGUUGAGAUUCAAUGGGGAUCUGAAGAGAAGAACACCAUGAACAUCAAGCUCCAAGGACAACAAAGCCGUGACCAAAAGGUCUGGAUGAAGAAGAUCGAGCGCGAGCAAAACGAUCUCUCCGAAACCGAGAAGCUCAUCGAAGCCGCUAAGUUGAACCAAUACCAAAUUGUUGCUGACUACAAGCUCACCCCAACCACCAAGUACUACCUUCGUGACCUCCUCACCCUCCUCAAGAGCUACAACUACAUGAACACCGAAGUUAAUGUUUCCGAGAAGACCCGUGAAGGACGUAUGCAAGCUAAGCUCACCAUCGAGCCAAUCAGCCGUCGUUUCUGCACCAUCCUCCUCGAAACCCCAGAAUCCCGCGUUCUUUUCAACAACAUCGUUGUUCCAUUCCAAUUCCCAACCAUGAACAUCCGCCGCAACUUCGGAUCUAUCCACUCCGUUAGACACGUCGUUGAGAGAAUCGAGAAGGAAAACCGCGCUGAAUGCAUCGUCAAGUCCACCAAGGUCCAAACCUUCGACAACCUCUUCUACCGCGCCCCAAUCACCCCAUGCUUCCACGUUCUUGCCAAGGAUUGCUCUUCUGAGACCCCAAGAUUCAACGUUCUCUUGAGAAAGAUCAACAAGAACUCCGAAGAGAAGGAACUUAAGGUUAUCAACGAGGAAAACACCAUCGUUCUCCGUUUGAACAAGAACCAAAUGACCGUCUACGUCAACGACGAAAUCGUCAAGUCUGUCGAGAAGAUGGAGCAAUACGGAAUCUACCAAAUCACCGAGGAACUUUACAAGAUCGACAUCGAGGAUGUUCUUGUCCACUUCGAUGGAUAUGAAGCCAAGAU